AUACAAACAAAUCUUAAGCCGAACUUCUAGCUCUAGGCCAACAUGCAUAUACCAAAUUCUCUCUAUAUAUUUUCUUCAAUACAUGUAUCUAUCCAUCAAUCUAUAAAUCCUCUACAUCAUAGAAGUAAUUGAAAAUCUCUAAAUAAGCAAAGGAAAGUAAUAAAAGAUAAAAUCAAGAGAGUUCACCAAGAUGGCUGGAAGAAAGUGGAGCAUCUUGGUGGCCUUAUUUAUCUUACUUAUCUCUAUGGAAGCUGCCAUUGCUCAAGGCCAAGGAAAUGGUAAUGGCAACGGUAACAAUGGCAACGGUAAUGGUAACAACGGUAACAAUGGCAACGGUAAGGGAAAUGGUAAUGGUAAGGGUAACAACGGAAACGGUAAGGGAAAUGAUAAGGAAGACGGUAAGGACAAAGGAAAAGACAAAGACGACAAAGACAAAGGAAAGGGGAAAAAGGAUGAUGACUCCUCAAAAUAUGAAAGCUUGCCAGCUCUUCAAUCGGGACAGGAGCGAGGGUUCUGCCAAGCACAAAAUACUUGUCAUUUCAAGACACUUGUGUGUCCGGAAGAGUGUAAACAAAGGAAGCCAAAGAAGAACAAAAAGGAUAAAGGUUGUUUCAUUGACUGCAACAAAUGUGAAGCCACUUGCAAGUUUAGAAGACCAAACUGUGAUGGCUACGGUUCAUUGUGUUACGAUCCUCGAUUUGUUGGUGGAGACGGUGUGAUGUUCUACUUCCAUGGAGCCAAAGGAGGAAACUUCGCCAUAGUUUCAGACGAUGAUUUCCAAAUCAAUGCACACUUCAUCGGUACUCGACCUCAGGGAAGGACUCGCGAUUAUACAUGGGUGCAAGCACUUUCUGUCAUGUUCGACACACACACUCUUGUUAUUGCAGCCAAUAGAGUAACUCAAUGGAAUGACAAAGUUGACUCUCUUACAGUAAAAUGGGACGGCGAAUUAGUAACUAUUCCUUCUGAUGGAGAUGCCGAAUGGAAGUCUAGUGGCAACCAAAGAGAAGUGAUUGUGGAAAGAACAGAUGAUGCAAACAGUGUUAGAGUGACAGUUUCUGGUUUGCUUGAAAUGGACAUAAGGGUAAGACCUAUUGGAGAAAAGGAAAACAAGGCUCACAAUUACCAAUUGCCAUCUGAUGAUGCUUUUGCUCAUUUGGAGACACAAUUCAAGUUUAAAAAUCCUACAGAUUCUAUUGAAGGAGUUUUAGGUCAAACUUAUAGGCCAAGUUAUGUUAGUCCUGUUAAGAGAGGUGUUGCUAUGCCAAUGAUGGGAGGAGAAGACAAGUACCAAACUCCAUCUCUCUUUUCAACAACCUGCAAACUCUGCAGGUUCCAGAGGCCUUCCACUAGCCAAGGACUAAUUGCUGAAUACUGAUAAUAUCUUGAAUCAUGAAAAAUAAGAGAUUCUUUGUGGUUGAAUUGGUGACAUGUUUUAUUUUGGUUUCUUUGUAUUGUAAUGUUUCCGGAUAAAUAAGGGCCUAAAAUGUUGCCCAUGAUUGUUAUUUUCAUCGAAAUUUGAUGUUGAUUAAUAUUAAUUCUUAUUUGUUUUGUAUUGUGAA